AUGGUUCGAGCCCCCGUCUCGCCCAAGAUUCCUUUCUCAAGCCCGAAUCGUCUCCCUUCCAACAUCCCCCUCCGCACCCUGCCUGGCCAGCACUCCCGAUCCACCCACGACGACGACAACCAGUCGGCGUCACUGCUGACGUCUCAACGGCACUCUGCCUCCGCGUCCGGCCACCAUCCGGACUACUCCCCCUCCGAGAGCUCCGACUCCGAAUCGUGGGAGGACACGGGUGACAUCGCCGAGCAGCUAGACGAGGAGGACCCUCUGCGUCAGCGCCUCAACGACACCCUCGGCGACGAGAUCCUUGCCGGCGUCAUCAAGAAGCCUCACAAGCAGCACAAACGCGUCCGCUACCACCACUCCGUGCCCUCGCCCCGUGGCUACUCCCCAUCUCGUCGUGGAGUCGUUAAUAAGGAGGCUAUCCAGAUCCCAGACUCUGUUCACCGGCGCGUAUCCACUGCCGAACGCCUACUCGCCGCCAUCAUGACGGGCGGUUCAAGUUCUAUCCAUGGCCUCACCGGCAAGGCCUUGAUUUAUUUCACCAGCAUAUUCGUCUCAUUAGGCGUUUUCCUGUUCGGAUAUGACCAGGGCGUCAUGUCAGGAAUCAUUACAGGACCGUACUUUGUCGACUACUUCAAUCACCCUACCAGAGCGGAGAUCGGUACUAUGGUUGCCAUUCUUGAGGUGGGCGCCUUCAUAUCUUCGCUCAUUGUUGGACGAGUCGGCGAUAUCAUUGGCCGGCGAAAGACCAUCUUGUACGGGUCAAUCAUCUUCUUUGUCGGCGGUGCCCUGCAGACAUUUGCGACCGGUAUGGGAAUGAUGAUGGCAGGCAGAAUCAUCGCCGGUCUCGGUGUCGGCAUGCUCUCAACCAUAGUACCCGUUUACCAAUCUGAGAUCUCUCCUCCGCACAACCGAGGAAAGCUGGCCUGUAUCGAGUUUUCCGGCAACAUCAUCGGCUACGCAACCUCUGUCUGGGUAGACUACUUCUGUGGAUUCAUCCAGAGCGACUUCUCUUGGCGCAUCCCUCUCCUGAUGCAGUGUGUUAUGGGUGCGCUACUUGGUUUAGGAAGUUUGAUUAUAGUCGAAUCUCCACGCAGAUGGCUCCUCGACAACGAUCACGACGAGGAGGGCAUCGUUGUUAUCGCCAACCUAUACGGUGGCGGUGACAUUCACAAUCACAAAGCCCGCGAAGAGUUCCGCGAGAUCAAGAUGAACGUUCUACUCCAGCGCCAGGAGGGCGAGCGCUCGUACAGCGACAUGUUCCGCCGAUACAAAACUCGCGUCUUCAUCGCCAUGUCUGCACAAGCACUUGCCCAGUUGAACGGCAUCAACGUCAUCUCGUACUAUGCGCCUCUUGUUUUCGAGUCCGCCGGCUGGCACGGUCAUGAUGCCAUCUUGAUGACCGGCAUCAACGGCAUUACCUACUUCCUUUCGACGAUCCCGCCGUGGUACAUCGUGGACAGGUGGGGCCGACGGCUCAUUCUCCUGAGCGGAGCUGUGAUGAUGUGCAUAUCACUCUCGGCCAUAUCCUAUUUCAUCUAUCUCGACAUCAAGGCAACACCGAAUCUCGUCGUUGUAUUCGUCAUGAUCUACAACGCUGCCUUUGGAUACUCGUGGGGCCCAAUUCCAUGGCUGUACCCACCGGAAAUUCUGCCGCUGAGCAUCCGAUCCAAGGGCGCCAGUCUGUCCACAGCCACUAAUUGGGCGUUCAAUUUCCUGGUUGGAGAGUUGACUCCAGUCCUGCAGGAAUGGAUCAAGUGGCGCCUCUAUCUCGUUCACGCCUUCUUCUGCGCGACAAGUUUUGUAGUUGUCUGGUUCAUCUACCCCGAGACCUGCGGCGUGCGGUUGGAGGACAUGGACUCUAUUUUUGGAGAUGCUAGCACCACCGCCGGGACACCUGCGGGCAUGGGCACUCCUGCACUGGGCCCGGAGACUGGUACGGUCAGGGUUGGCUCUCCGGUGCCGUCGCUCGACAUCCGUGGCCGACCGCCGUUCGGCUCGACCAGUGCGAUCCCGGGUCUUGACAUUGACCCUCCAGCCAUCAGCGGCGAUAGCAAGCCGCAGUAUGGUGAGGGGCAGAGCCCUGGAGGCAUCUCAGGAUGGCUCUCGAGAGUCGGCGUCUUCCGUGGCAACUCUCCAAGCGGGUCACAACGCAGCGGAAGAUAUGCGCCGCUGGGACAAGGGGACGAGGAGAGAUAG